UGCACAAGCACUUUGAAUUACCUCUGUGUAUAAAAUGUGCCUCUGUGGGACCUUUAUUUUAACAUGUGUCGCGAGCUGAUGCUGUGGCUGCUCUCCUAGCGUGACGUCAUCACGCAACAUGUCGGCAGCUGAGCGAGCGCGCGAGAUCAUAUCAGAUGGCUCUCCACACUCCAGCCAUGAACAGUUGUUUACACCUAUAAAGAGAAAACAGAUGGAAGAUGAGGGACUGCCAGCCACCUCCAGCAAAACUUUAACAGGCAGUGGUGUAAAAGCACCAAUCUCUGCCAUCUCAUCUCCAUCUUCAGCGUCUGGUAGAGCUAAGAUGAGUGUCUGUGGACCCGGCAGUAAGACGGCUUCAUCUUCAUCCUCCUCAGUUCUGUCUGCAGCAACUACCCCACCCAAAAUCCACCGCGCACGUAAGACCAUGAACAGACCUCCGUUUCCACAGAUAAAGUCUAUAGGGUCGAUUUUAACAUCUACACCUGAGGAACCUCUCAACAGCAGUAAAACAGCCACUGACGCAGUUGGAAAGAAGCGUAAAGUUGUGUUGGUCUCAGAUGACACAUCGCCCUCUUCAGGAACUCAAGAGAAAGUUCCCAGACCUCAGUCAGAGCCUUUACUGGCUGUGUCUCCACCCGUGGAGAAGUUGGAGCCAGUUGCGACUAAAGAGCGUGAUCGUGUUUGGCUGGAGGAUCUUGAUGAUGAGGCAGAUGAGGAAGAUUUCCACCUGCUGUACAACACUUAUUCAGGAGAUGAUCUGAUUUACUCGGACAGCAAGUCAGAUGAUGGGUUGACAGAAGAGCCACAGGAGGCGGGGCAUCUCUCUGAACAUAGCUCUGGGUCCGACAGACCCCUCGCUGCUCUUAAGAAAACGGGAGGAGAGAGAGAUGAGUCGCCAUGGAAACGACAAGGAAAGGGUAAAGGAAGAGAUAAACCCCCUGUUGGACAGAUGGAGGCAGAUAAAGGUGUUGCGAGCGCAGCUUCGGUGAGUGGGACGGACUACACUGAAGUUCCUCUGGAUGCGCUGAAUAUUUCUGCAGGCGACAGAUUCUCUCCGAAUGCAGAUGGCAGUGAUGCAGAAACCGAACAUCUAGAAGAGCUUCCUUUGUGUAGCUGCCGGAUGGAGGCACCACGUGUGGAUGGAUUCAGUUCUCGCUCCAGUCGAACAUGUAUGGCCAUCGAGAGCGUCAAUGGAGAGUUGGUGGGCUGUACCAAUUUGAUCGUGAAAGGGGAGACGAUGCGUCCGUCCAGCCGUGUGUCUCUUAUGGUGUUGUGUGAGACACAUCGCUCACACAUGGUCAAACAUCACUGCUGUCCAGGCUGUGGAUAUUUCUGCCUUUCUGGAACGUUUCUCGAAUGUUGUCCGGAUGUUCGUAUCGCUCAUCGAUUCCACCGCGGAUGCGUGUCUGUGCUGGGUGGUGGGCGGAGUCGAGGAGGAGUGGGCGUUGGCCUGUUGUUCUGUCCUCACUGCGGUGAAGAUGCAUCAGAGGCCCGUGAGGUCACCAUCCCCACAGCGCCACCUUCAGGCAGUAAUGUGGUGAUGGCGAGCGCGUCAUCCACCACGGCCACGCCCUCCCUACUUCCGUCUGCUCUCGCUGUCACAUCACAACUGCUAAACAACGACAAAAAAACAGGAGAGCCAGUCAACGCGAGGAUGCGUUGCCGUGGAGAUGUCAGAAAAGGGGCGGACCUACAACCUCCAAAUACCACACCAGGAGGAGGCGGAGCAGGGGAUCCGGUCGCUCUGGGUGAUGGCGGUGUGGACAGCGUAGGACCGUCACUUGUCCUACCCAAUGGAAAGCCCAUUUGCCCCAGCGCGCUUCCCCCCGGAGACAGAAGGGCGGCGCUGCAGAGAGCAAUUCUUACACAGGAUACUGAAAGGAGGAAGAAGUUGCGCUUUCAUCCCCGUCAGCUCUAUCCGGCAGCCAAGCAGGGUGAAGCUCAGCGGGUUUUGCUCAUGCUCAUGGAGGGCAUCGACCCGUCGUAUCAGUCAGACUCUCAGAAUCGGCGUUGUGCUUUGCAUGCAGCUGCUCAGCGGGGUCUGCUGGAGAUUUGUUACCUGCUUGUACAGGCAGGCGCUAAGGUGGACGCCCCAGAUAAGACCCUGAGGACCCCUCUGUUAGAAGCAAUAGUGAACAAUCAUGUGGAGGUGGUGAAGUACCUGAUCCAGAACGGAGCCUGUGUUUACCACGCUGAGGAAGACGGUUCUACUGGGCUUCAUCAUGCUGCUAAAAUGGGAACAUUUGAGGUGGUGAAUCUGUUACUGAGCACUGGACAGGUGGACAUUAACGCACAGGACAGCGGCGGUUGGACGCCCGUCAUCUGGGCGGCUGAACACAGACACAUAGAUAUCAUCCGAGCUCUGUUGAACAGAGGAGCGGACGUCACGCUCAGAGAUAAGGUAAAUGUCUCAUAUGCCGUCUUAAUAUCCUCCGUCUCUGUUUGUGACGCUGUCUUUUUGUCCGUACAGGAAAUGAACGUUUGCCUUCAUUGGGCAUCGUUUGCGGGCAGCGCUGAGAUAGCAGAGCUGGUUCUCAAUGCAGGCUGUCCUCUCUCAUAUGUAAAUAUGCAUGGAGACACGCCGCUACACAUCGCCGCACGAGAGGGAUACAUCGACUGUGUCACUUUGUUCCUUUCACGGGGCGCUGACAUCGACAUCAUGAAUAAGGAGGGAGACACUCCCCUUUCCCUCGCCCGCUGUGACACGCCAGUCUGGGUGGCGCUCCAGAUUAACAGGAAGUUGCGUAGAGGAGUAGCCAAUCGUGUCGUACGCACAGAGAGGAUCAUAUGCAGUGAUGUAGCACAAGGGUACGAGAACGUCCCGAUCCCGUGUGUAAACGGUGUGGAUGACGAAGGCUCCCCGUCCGACUACAAAUACAUUGCAGAAAACUGCGAAACAUCAACCAUGAACAUCGACCGCAACAUCACACACCUGCAGCACUGCAGCUGUACAGACGACUGCUCUUCCAGCGACUGUCUCUGUGGACAGCUAAGCAUCCGCUGCUGGUAUGAUAAGGAUCAUCGUCUCCUGCAGGAGUUUAAUAAAAUCGAGCCUCCUCUCAUCUUUGAAUGCAAUAUGGCUUGUUCCUGCCACAGAACCUGUAAGAACAGAGUCGUACAAGCUGGAAUCAAGGUUCGUUUACAGCUGUACCGCACAGAGAAGAUGGGUUGGGGCGUCAGAGCCCUUCAGGAUAUUCCACAAGGAAGUUUCAUCUGCGAGUAUGUUGGUGAGCUGAUCUCUGAUGCUGAGGCUGAUGUUAGAGAGGAUGAUUCGUACCUUUUUGACCUGGAUAACAAGGAUGGUGAAGUGUACUGUAUUGACGCCCGUUAUUAUGGCAACAUCAGUCGCUUUAUAAACCACCUGUGUGACCCCAACAUCAUUCCUGUACGCGUGUUCAUGUUGCAUCAGGAUCUGAGGUUUCCUCGCAUCGCAUUCUUCAGCUCCAGAGAUAUUUAUACUGGACAGGAACUGGGGUUUGAUUAUGGAGAUCGUUUCUGGGAUAUUAAGAGCAAGUACUUCACCUGUCAGUGCGGUUCAGAGAAAUGCAAACACUCAGCGGAGGCCAUCGCUCUGGAGCAGAGUCGACUCGCCCGUCUGGAGUCUUGUCCUGAUUCUGCUCCUGAAACUACACUUACUGUUUUAGGAAACUCAUGAAUCUCAUUACAUACAGUCUGAAAGUCUUUGUGUUUUUUAUGUUGUAUGACAAAUGCACACAUGUAUGGUUCACACGCGGAGUAUUUCAGAGGAGAUUUAAUUUGGUAUGAAAGUAAACGCAGUGUUUUUAGCUUUGAAUGAUUUCCUUACGCGAGGUGAAAGAGAAGAUAAUGAAUUAUUUUAUUGGCCUGAAUUUUAAAACACAAAUGCCAUUGUCAAAUAUCACCAGGAAGUUGUAUUCAGAUUGAAAAUAAAGAAUGGGAUUAUUAUGAAACAUUUGAGAUCAAACCAUCGGAUAAUUAAAAAUACUGUCUGUUUCUUUCAUAUACCAUGAGAUUAUGUUGCUUUGCUUUUUUAUAAGUGUAUUUCUUAUAAUAAAUACUAUUUGAUACAGAAGUGGCUUUUCCAUUGUGUAUUCAGAUAUAAUGCCUAAUGGUCAUUUAAUUCGGUUUUAUUUAAAACAGUUUACCAUGUUAAUCAUCUCAAAAUAUACCAUAAAAUAUUUAUCAUAGCAUAUUUAUU